UAAUAAACUAAUUAUAGCUAGCAGGUACUACGAAAAUGCAAGUAGUAAAAAUAUCAUUUGAAGCUCCAAACACCAAAUCUUCUCAAAACGAGCCCAAACAACAAUUCGAGGUCCUUUCGAAAAAAAAAAAUCGAGGCCAGUUGGACGCCUGCGCCCACUACUCCACUCCAGUGUCGCUUUCCACUUCCUCAGCGCCGCCGCCACUCCUUCAGAACCCCGGCAUGUUUCCCUCAACCGGCGGCCGGCGGCUCGCCCUCCUCAUCCGCGGCACCACCGCAGCGGUAGACGGCGGCACAAGUCCUAUCCAGUCCCAGCCCCACACCGCCCGCUUCCUCCAUCCCUACUACUCUACGGUGCCCCUUGCGAGAUCCCCCGAUCCGGACGCCGCCUCCUACCUCGUCGCCUCCUGCGGCCUCUCCCUCGCCACCGCCGCCGCCCUCGUCGCCCGAGGGCGCAUCCGUUUAACUGCCAACGCGGACGCAGUACUCGCCCUCCUCCGCCGCCAUGGCUCCUCCGAUGCCCACAUCGCCCGGUUGCUCAGCAUAUCCCCGGAUCUCCUAAUACUUGACGCCGAUAAAGAUCAUCCGGCCCAAGCUCGAGUUCUUCGACUCGCUAGGCGUCGGCGUCACAGCUCUUACCCAGACAAACCACCUCUUGCGCAGCCUCGAUAAUCAUCUCGUACCCUGCAUCAACUUCAUCCGCGGCAUCAUCGGCACGGACGCCGGCAUCCGAAUGCGAUCUCCCACAUACCCUACGCCUUUCCGGUUCGACCUCGAGAAACAUAUGCGCCCCGCCGUGGAAACCCUCCGCUGCCACGGUCUCUCCGAGGAGGCCAUCUCGAAGCUCCUCAUCAAAGAGAUGGGCGUUCUCGGCUUGGCGCCCGACCGCAUUGCCGGCAUCUUUGAGGACCUUGAUGCCCUUGGUCUGCCCAUGACGGACUCCUGCUUUGUCAAGUGCUUCUCUUCAAUGUGCAACUUCAAGAGGGGGACAGGAUGGCGUCGGUUGGCGCUUUACCAGAGCUUUGGGCUUUCUCAAAGCCAGGUUGUUGGGGCAUUCAGAAGUCAGCCGCCGUUACUGGAGCUUAGUGAUGAGAUGAUUCGGAGGAAGCUCCUCUUCUUCCGGGACAAGUUGAAGAUUGCUCUGUCUCAGGUGAUUGCAUGGCCGAAAUUAUUGUCAUUGAGCCUGGAGAAGAAUAUCCUCCCUAAAUGUGCUGUUCUUAACGUGCUGAUGAGGGAAGGGAAGAUCCGGGGAGACAUAAGUCUGUACUCUCCUUUACGUGCAUCUAUCAAGGAUUUCUUUAGAAGCUAUGUGGAGAAGUAUGAGAAGGACGUGCCAGAUGUUGUUAGGGCAUACGAGGGGAAGAUCAAAUUCAAAGGGUUCCUGGACGAUGAUAUUGAAGUUCCACUAGCCAAAGCAUCAGUCAUUUAGUGUAACAUCACUGUAGCCUGGGGUGGUCCUCCAUUUGUUCUGCAAAGCCUGUUAAUUCGUAGGUAUGAUAUGUUCACCUGUUAACUCUUUUGUAUAAAUCCUUGAAAAUGCUGCAGGGAGGCCUCUUUUGUUCUUCAUACAAAAUGAUUCUUGAAUUGUGGUAGAUCCAUAAGGCUUUCUGUUGGUACGCUGAGUGAGAGAUGUCUUUUAUCUCUAGUGUCAAAUUUUCCUUCCACACGUCUCUCUGUAUUUUGCGGUUUCCCACUGGUUGCACCCUUUAUUGUACAGUUUAGCAUUUUGUGUUCUGCAUUUAUUUUUGUACAG